GUUUAGGGUCAUUUUUGCAAAUAGAAAAAAUGGGUGCGAAUGCAAAAGCAGGGGUGGAUAGCAAUAUCCGAAGUAGAAGCGUGGUUUUCUCAAAAAAACCCUUAAUUUCGUUUUUUCACUAGGCAUACCGGAGCACAUUUCACUUUCCGUCGUCUCCGAUAUCAUUCCCUUUCUGUGUAAAAAUGUUGAUUGGAGAGACUGCUUGCUCCUACGCACUUCUCAUCCUUGAAGAUGAUAAAAUCCCCGCAACUGCUGACAAAAUCACCACUUUGUUGAAAAGUGCAAAAGUAGAAGUAGAAUCGUUUUGGCCCAGCUUAUUUGCCAAGCUUGAUGAGAAGAAAAAUAUUAGGGAUUUGAUUUCUAGUGCUGCUGGCGGUGCAGCUCCAGCCGCUGCCGCAGCCUCAGCCGCUGCCGCAGCCUCAGCCGCUGCCGCAGCCCCAGCCGCUGCCGCCAGCCGCUGCCGCUGCUCCAGCAGCUGAGGAGAAGAAGAAGGAAGAACCAGCAGAAGAGAGUGACGAUGACAUGGGCUUUAGCUUGUUUGAUUAGGUCCUCUAUUAAUAUAAUUUUGUCAUGCAAUACAUUUUUCUUUUGCCGUCUCUUGUCUCUAUUUGAGGAUUCAUAUAAGAUAAUGUUACUUAUCUUUUUUCAACGUUUGUACUAUUCGGUGUCAUACAUAUAUUUAGCUUGUCUUAACAUACUAAUCAUAAAAUUGAGCCUGUUUUAAAAUA